GAAAGUUGCUUGCUUUGGUGAUGUUGAUUUUAUGAGUCAGUUUUCAUGGAUUUUAAUUUAAAGCCAUGAGAGGCUGUGAUUAUGUUUAAGUCAUGAGUCAAUUUUCAUUAAUGGUGUUAAUGUAAACAAUGGUAUUUGUAAUCUAAUUUAUAGAAUAUAUGAGCAAUCUACUCUUAUAUAUUCCAAUAGUAGUUCAUAGAAUUUUUUAUAAAAUACUAAAAAGUAGGUUCUAAGGAUUAUAAUUAACCAUAACAAAUGGGAAUGACCGGUUUCACGGUAGCACUGAUGCUGAUAGGGGUGAUAAUCUAUCCUUGUGUCUGUGUAAAAGAGUUCUCCGAUCACCAGGAAAUCAAAAUACAAACUCUUUUGAAGCGGCUCAACAAGCAUGCUCUUAUAUCCGUUAAGAGCGUAGAUGGAGAUAUAAUAGAUUGUGUUCCAAUACAUAGUCAACCAGCUUUUGAUCAUCCUCUGCUUCGAAAUCACACCAUCCAGAUGAGACCGAGCUUUAUACCGGAAAUUACGUCUACGUACACCAAGAAAUGCACAAAGGCAACUCAAGCGUGGCACAAGAGUGGAAGAUGCCCAGAAAAUACAGUUCCGAUAAGAAGAAUAAUGAAAGAAGAUAUCUUACGAUCAAAAUCCAUUGAGAGUUUUGGAAAAAAAACGACUUCAAGCAUCCCUGAAAAUGAUCCAAGUAAAGACCAUGAGUACGCGGUCAUGAAUUCCAUGCAAGGAAAGUAUUUCGGGACAAAAUUUGCAGUAAAUAUGUGGAAACCAGAAGUUCAAGUUCCCAACGAAUUCAGCUUGGCUCAGACUUGGCUCGUUUCUGGAGUUGGCACUACUCGUAACACAAUUGAAGCUGGUUUACAGGUUUAUCCAGGAAAAUAUGGUGAUAAUAAUCUAAGAUUAUUUGUUUUCUGGACAGCCAAUGGAUACCAAGGGACAGGGUGCUACAACAACGAUUGCGCAGGUUUCGUUCAAAGGAGCAAUAAAAUCGCUGUAGGUGGAACCUACAAUACUGUCUCACAAUACGACGGAGAUCAAUACGAGCUAUCCGUACUUAUAUGGAAGGACGGAGAAAACUGGUGGCUACAGAUCGGUGAAGAGAUCGUGGGGUACUGGCCUGGCCAGUUAUUCAAUUCUCUAGGAAAUGGAGGUACGAUAGUUCAGUGGGGAGGUGAAAUCGUUAACAAGGAGACCGAUGGGAAACACACGGGCACAGACAUGGGAAGCGGGCAUUUUGCAGAAGAAGGUUAUAAGAAAGCGAGUUAUUUCAGGAAUCUUAUGACAAUUGAUGAAACCAAUACUCUCAGAGAACCACAAGGAGUUUACCCCACGACUGGUCAUGAUAAUUGUUACAACAUUAAGGCUGGAGAUGGUGGAACUUCCUGGGGGGUUAAUUUCUUCUAUGGUGGUCCUGGCCUGAACGAGAGAUGCCCUUGAUUUGGAUCUAUGUGCUCAAAGAUUUUGAGGAUUUUACAUAUUUGUUUGUAUUUGAAUAUGAACCUGUGAGUAAGUAAAAAAAAUCCACCUCAAAGAAGUUAAUAUUAUCUGUGUCCUUGAAUAUUGUGUGUGUAACUGGAAUAAUAAUUAAUUUCUCUUGAUCUGCAUAUGAGGCUUUUGUAUAAGAGAAUAUAUAUAUAACUUUUA